AUGAGCAGAAACUCCAGGGUACUCAAGGUGCUUAAUAUUAAUAAUUUCCUUGAGCUAUACGGCCAAGAAAAAAAUAUGGUGACCGUCGAUGAAGUUCGGAAGGCGCAACGGGCAGAGGGUCCUGCCACCAUCAUGGCCAUCGGAACGUCAACCCCUCCUAAUUGUGUUGAUCAAAGCACGUACCCUGACUACUAUUUUCGUAUCACAAACAGCGAGCAUAAGACGGAGCUUAAAGAAAAAUUCAAGCGAAUGUGUAAGACAGACUUAUAA